AUGGGAUGCUGUUCAAGCAAGAACAAGAACAAGGAUUUCACCAUUGAUCCCUACAACCCACAAAACAAGCCUCACUCAGAACAACAAGCUGCCGUCAAGAAAGAGGUUUCCGGCGCCGCCGUCGAGCGGCAAACGCCCCUCGAAGCCGAGGCCGGUAAUCGACAGGCCGUUGUAAAGGUUGGAAGCAGUGACGAUACCGGAACCGUUCCCGUAUGUUCUACGACGCAAGACAUCGACGCCAUCCUACUCGAAUGCGGGAGGCUCAGCAGGAGCAACUCUUCCGCCGGGAAGAACGGCGAGAGUGGGAGCCGAAGGAGGAGCUACGAUCUCGACGGAGAAACAAGGAGGAAUGCGGGAGAAGAGGAAGGAUUUACGAGGAAGGGAGAAAGGCGGCAGUCUCCGCGGAGGAGGCCGGAAAGGGACAAGGGCCAGGCGGCACAGCCGCGCUCCGGCAGCAGAGAAAGGAGGAGACUAAGCCGAUCUCCCAAUAGACAUAGAUCCGAAUCUCCUCCCGUCAAAAAUACUCGUCCGUCGGACUCCAUUUCCAGGCCCGGGAAAAUAGUCGCCGUGCCCGCUACGGUGCCAAGCGUCGGGGAGGUUAACGCCACCCCGAGAAGAAAGGCUCCGGCGAGGAGAAGCGGCGGCGGCGGCGCAUCGCCACGCGCACGAUCGCCAGCAAGGAUGAGCAGAAGCAAUUCCAGGAAUGGGGAGAGAAGGAAUCCUCUAAGUGAAAUUGACUCAAAUAUUACCUCCACAGGACAGGGAAACAAGAAACCAUGUGAGGUUGCAAGAACAAGACACGGCGUCGUCGGAGAUGACGACGAUGCCGAGCCAGUUCUAGGGAACUCUAACGCGUCGCCUUACGCUGCAUUUUUGCUAGACGACAUCCGAAACUUCCAUCAAAAGAACCCCGUUGCUGCUGCGGCGAUUUCUCUCCCGCCGUGCGUGGCUAAAGCUUGCUCGAUCGUGGAAGCAGUAGCCGAUCUCAACUCUGGUACCAACGAGAGUGGUAGGCGACAUUUCCUCGUCGAACAAACAAGUAAAAUUGACAGGAACCUGGCGAAACCCGAUCCCAUUUUGGAAUCUGGGAUUAUAAUAACAAACGACGAUGAUCUGGGGCAGCCAAGCUACCAUAAAUAUGUAACAUUGCCGUCGUCGUCUUCAAGAUCAGUUAACAAACAGAAUGGGGCAAAAACGGCGUACCAGGCAUCACGUGCAUCAGGCAAAGGUGUUGGGAGUGCAGAGUCGAAACCUGAGGUCGUUGCACGGUGUCGCCUUCCACUGCAACUUAGAUAAUUAAGUUAAUCAGUUUGCUCGAAUGGUUAGUCCACACCCCACUGGUUUCAGUUCAUUUCUUGUUAGCUGAAAACAGAGUUUAUUUCGAUAUUGUACAACAACCUUCAUCUACAAAUCUUACAUUAGUAGAGGAAUACUUACAAUGUUCCCGUCAUUUUUACUAUCCAAAGUUUCAAUAUUUGGAGCAGAAAUCACAGAUUUGGUUU